CCGGAGCCGGAAGUGCGUGCCUGAGGGGGGGUGUCAUGGCGGCCGGAGCGCGGCUGGAGAACGCGAACCCGCUGAUUUACGGCAGAAGCUCGGAGCGGCCUCUCACCGCCCGGGAGCAGGAGGAGGAGGCGGUGGACACCAUCGACAACCGCGAGAUCUUUGAUCUAAUCAGAUCGAUCAAUGACCCAGAGCACCCACUGAGUCUGGAGGAAUUGAAUGUUGUGGAACAGCUUCGAGUUAAUGUGGUUGACCAUGAGAACAGUGUAUCAGUGGCCUUCACACCUACCAUUCCUCACUGCAGUAUGGCUACACUGAUUGGCUUAUCCAUUAAAGUCAAGUUGCUGCGCUCGCUGCCUGCACGCUUCAAGGUGGAUGUCCACAUUACUCCAGGAACCCAUGCUUCUGAAAAUGCAGUGAACAAACAACUGGCUGAUAAGGAACGAGUGGCAGCUGCUCUGGAGAACUCUCACCUGCUGGAGGUUGUUAAUCAAUGUCUCUCAGAAAGGUUGUGACCAGACCACAGCGUGGCACCUGCCUGAAGAGCGACACAGCACAGCAGAAAAUAAUCACAGCAUUUCUGAGCCCUCUGUGUGUGUCUGAGGGUCUCUGCAAUGUUGGGGCUUUCCCCAAAGGGAAAUCUGAGAGGUCCCAGCACAUGUUAGAACUCCAAGACAGGAUUUCGUGUGUGUGAUAUCUGUAAGUCAAUCAGCAGUUGUACCCAUGUGUAAAUAGAGAAUGAUUUGUGUACAUUCUUAUGAGUUAAUGAUCUGUCGUUCAUCACCUACUGGGACUGUUUUGUGCCUGUCUGCAGAUCAGCUAUUGGGGGCAGAUGGGGGCUAGUCUCUCUGGCAAAGGAGUAGGUGAAGGAGGCAGUCACUAAAUCCUAGUGUGAGGGAAGAGAGAGGAGAUGUAAAGAUCCUGUCCUGAUGGCUCAACCUGUGCUCAGUAUGUUUCUGCAAUUGAAUGACUGUGAUCAGGGAAUAGGUGUAGAGGUUGGGUAAUUGGGGUCAGAGGUAUAUAGAUGGGAUGUUAGGGAGAUAGAAGUACAAACCUGCACCCAAAAUGUCUUUGCAUGUUUAUCAACGCUCACUCUCCAUUUUCUCUGACACACAUGGAUCCUCUCACUGUCAUAGGUGUGCUUAAUUCCUCACACAAACUCAGAGAGACCGCUGCAUUCAUCUGUUUGAGAUACCCCAUCUGACAAGUGGCAAUGUAAAACCAUGCCCUUAAAUAAUCUUGAGUGCACGUCUAAUAAAUCGCAGUUUACAAAA